ACAAAUAUUUGCCUGUUUCCUAACUAACCCGAACCCCCGUCUGCUACUAAAGAGUCCUGCUUUCCACGAGCGAACAUGUCCAGAAACUACAGGCUUUUAGUGAAAAAUGCCAAACAGGUGGUUUUGAUCUGCAACAACGGGGAGAAGUACCUGACCAAAUAUGGGAUGCAGAAUAUCUGUGUGAUUGAAAAUGGAAGCAUUGUAAUAGGGAGGGAUGGGAUCAUCGAAGCCGUGGGGCCGACGGAAACCAUCCGAGCUCGGUAUUCGGAGGCUUCCUUUGACAAAAUUAUUGAUGCGACAGGAAUGUGCGUCCUGCCUGGGUUGGUUGACGCUCACACUCAUCCAGUCUGGGCCGGAGACAGAGUCCACGAGUUUGCAAUGAAGCUCGCCGGCGCCACCUACAUGGACGUGCACCGGGCCGGCGGAGGCAUCCACUUCACGGUGGAGCACACCCGGGCGGCCGCCGCCCCCGACCUCCUGGCCUCCCUCCGGGACCGGCUGGUCCGGAUGCAGCGCGCCGGCACCACCCUGGUGGAGUGUAAGAGCGGCUACGGCCUGGAGCUGCAGACCGAGCUCAAGAUGCUGGAGGUGAUCGAGGAGGCCGGACGCUCGCUCCCCAUCAGCAUCUCCUCCACCUACUGCGGAGCCCACGCCGUGCCCAGAGGGAAGACGGUGGCCGAAGCCACAGAGAACAUCCUGCAGGUUCAGCUGCCUCUGCUGAAGGAGCGGAUCAGCGCCGGGACGCUCGCGGUCGACAACAUCGACGUGUUUUGCGAGCAGGGGGUGUUUGACCUCAGCUCCACCCGCUCCAUCCUGCAGGCCGGGAAAGACAUGGGCCUCAACAUCAACUUCCACGGAGACGAGCUGCAUCCCAUGAACUCCGCUCAGCUGGGUGCAGAGCUGGGAGCGUUGGCCAUCAGUCACCUGGAGGAGGUCACGGAUGAAGGCAUCGUUGCCAUGGCGAAAGCAAAAACCGCAGCCGUCCUCCUGCCGACCACAGCCUACAUCCUCCGGUUGCCACAGCCUCGGGCCAGAGACAUGCUGGACGCUGGUGUAAUUGUUGCCCUCGGCAGCGACUUCAACCCAAACGCCUACUGCUGCUCGAUGCCGAUAGUGAUGCAUCUGGCCUGCGUCAACAUGAGGAUGUCGAUGCCCGAGGCUCUGGCCGCCGCCACCAUCAACGCCGCCUUCGCCCUCGGCCGCUCGCACACGCACGGGUCCCUGGAGGCCGGGAAACACGGAGACCUGCUGGUCCUGAACGCCACACGGUGGGAGCACCUGAUCUACCAGCUGGGAGGUCACCAGGAGAUCGUCCGCUACGUCGUCAUCAGAGGAAACGUCGUCUACGACAACGACCGAACCGUGAGCCUGUGACCAUGAAGAUGAAGGAGGAGAAACCUACACUACACCAAGCUGUUACUACAUGUUACCAUAGAAACAAUAAACUUCUUUAAAGACA